UAGUGGCGAGUUGAAAUGCACUUUGUUAAGUAUCCAUUGUUAGCUGAAGGUGGAAGCAUUCUAAUUAAAACUAAAAUAGAAAGUGAUAUAAUUCUCAACAAAAUGACAAAAUACUUAGUGACACUAGCAAUUUUGUGUGUUUUCGGGGCCGUCAUAGUUCGUGGAGAAAUCGAUAAGAAAGCUAUGAUUGCUGAUUUUAUGGCUAAAGCUGAAGUGUGUAAAGGCGAGACCGGUGGCAAGGAUGCUGAUAUUGCCGAUAUGGUAGCUAGAAAACCCGCUUCAACUCCCGAAGGCAAGUGUAUGCGAUCGUGCCUUAUGAAAAAAUAUGGAGCGAUGAACGGCGAUGGUAAACUAGAUAAAGUCGUUGCCAGAGAACAUGCUGAAAUGUAUACUGAAGGUGAUCCUGCAAAGAUGACAAUAGCUGAUGAAGUUGUCGCAGCUUGCGAUGCACUGGCAGUAUCUGGAGACCACUGUGAAGCUGCAGAGGAAUAUCUGAAAUGUUUUAAGGAGCAGGCUAAAGCCCAUGGAAUUGAAGACAUUGACUUCUAAAAGCUAUCGGACCAAUGCUGUUAUGGACCAAAAUAUACACACGUUAUGCUUUAAUCUUAAGUUUAGUUAUUAAAUAAAUAAUGAUUAUAUGAUUAUAGCUUGCAAUAUCAAAA